UUCGCGCCUCGCUUCGACGUCCGCGAGACCUCGGAUGGCUACCACCUUGAUGGCGAGCUGCCCGGUAUCGCCCAGAAGGAUGUCGACAUUGAGUUCUCCGACCCUCAGACUCUCGUGAUCAAGGGUCGCACUGAGCGCGAAUACCACUCCUCGGACAAUGACGAGGCCCAGAACACCCCUACCCCGGAGAACACCAACAACAACAACCAGGGUGAGGGCAGCGCUGUCGUCCCCUCUGGCGACAAGCAGGUCUCCAAGAACAAGUCCAAGGCCAAGCACCACUACUGGGUCAGCGAGCGCUCCGUUGGCGAGUUCCACCGCACCUUCUCCUUCCCUACUCGCGUCAACCAGGACGCCGUCAAGGCUUCCUUGAAGAAUGGCAUCCUCUCCAUCUUCGUGCCUAAGGCGGCUGCUCCUUCUUCGAAGAAGAUCACCAUCGAGUAA